AUGGCAGAUGUCCUAACUCAAGGAGGCCCACCUUCUGCCCCUAACACCUCCCAGAAUCCCCCAGGAGGCCCACCUUCUGCCCCUAACACCUCCCAGAAUCCCCCAGGAGGCCCACCUUCUGCCCCUAACACCUCCCAGAAUCCCCCAGGAGGCCCACCUUCUGCCCCUAACACCUCCCAGAAUCCCCCAGGAGGCCCACCUUCUGCCCCUAACACCUCCCAGAAUCCCCCAGGAGGCCCACCUUCUGCCCCUAACACCUCCCAGAAUCCCCAGGAGGCCCACCUUCUGCCCCUAACACCUCCCAGAAUCCCCCAGGAGGCCCACCUUCUGCCCCUAACACCUCCCAGAAUCCCCCAGGAGGCCCUAACACCUCCCCAGGAGGCCCACCUUCUGCCCCUAACACCUCCCAGAAUCCCCCAGGAGGCCCACCUUCUGCCCCUAACACCUCCCAGAAUCCCCCAGGAGGCCCACCUUCUGCCCCUAACACCUCCCAGAAUCCCCAGAGGCCCACCUUCUGCCCCUAACACCUCCCAGAAUCCCCAGGAGGCCCACCUUCUGCCCCUAACACCUCCCAGAAUCCCCAGGAGAGGCCCACCUUCUGCCCCUAACACCUCCCAGAAUCCCCAGGAGGCCCACCUUCUGCCCCUAACACCUCCCAGAAUCCCCAGAGGCCCACCUUCUGCCCCUAACACCUCCCAGAAUCCCCCAGGAGGCCCACCUUCUGCCCCUAACACCUCCCAGAAUCCCCAGGAGGCCCACCUUCUGCCCCUAACACCUCCCAGAAUCCCCCAGGAGGCCCACCUUCUGCCCCUAACACCUCCCAGAAUCCCCCAGGAGGCCCACCUUCUGCCCCUAACACCUCCCAGAAUCCCCCAGGAGGCCCACCUUCUGCCCCUAACACCUCCCAGAAUCCCCCAGGAGGCCCACCUUCUGCCCCUAACACCUCCCAGAAUAGGGGCCCACCUUCUGCCCCUAACACCUAAUAAUAUAACACCUCCCAGAAUAGGAGAAUCCCAGAGGCCCAACCCCCUAACCCUCCCAGAAUCCCCAGGAGGCCCACCUUCUGCCCCUAACACCUCCCAGAAUCCCCCAGGAGGCCCACCUUCAGCCCCUAACACCUCCCAGAAUCCCCCAGGAGGCCCACCUUCUGCCCCUAACACCUCCCAGAAUCCCCAGGAACCUUCUGCCCCUAACACCUCCCAGAAUCCCCCAGGAGGCCCACCUUCUGCCCCUAACACCUCCCAGAAUCCCCCAGAAGGCCCACCUUCUGCCCCUAACACCUCCCAGAAUCCCCAGGAGGCCCACCUUCUGCCCCUAACACCUCCCAGAAUCCCCCAGGAGGCCCACCUUCUGCCCCUAACACCUCCCAGAAUCCCCCAGGAGGCCCACCUUCUGCCCCUAACACCUCCCAGAAUCCCCCAGGAGGCCCACCUUCUGCCCCUAACACCUCCCAGAAUCGCCCAGGAGGCCCACCUUCUGCCCCUAACACCUCCCAGAAUCCCCCAGGAGAAUCCCCCAGGAGGCCCACCUUCUGCCCCUAACACCUCCCAGAAUCCCCCAGGAGGCCCACCUUCUGCCCCUAACACCUCCCAGAAUCCCCAGGAGGCCCACCUUCUGCCCCUAACACCUCCCAGAAUCCCCCAGGAGGCCUACCUUCUGCCCCUAACACCUCCCAGAAUCCCCCAGGAGGCCCACCUUCUGCCCCUAACACCUCCCAGAAUCCCCCAGGAGGCCCACCUUCUGCCCCUAACACCUCCCAGAAUCCCCCAGGAGGCCCACCUUGCCCCUGCCCCUAACACCUUCUGCCCCUAA